AUGGAGUUCUCCGAGAGGAAAAGGAGCAGGAAAUCCCAGAGCUUCAAACUGGUGAGCCGAGAUUAUCACCAUGAGGUAUAUAAGAUCUCAGAAUUCAGCAACGAUGUUAAUGGGGAGGCCAAAGAGACCCAACCCAUUUAUUUAGGAGAUGAAAGCAUGGAAAUUAAAAAACAAAUCACAGGAAUGAGAAGAUUACUGAAUGACAGCACUGGGAGGAUCUAUCAGCGUGUGGGCAAAGAAGGAGAAAAAUUAAAAGAAGAACCCCAGGAUUUGGAUUCAGUCUGGCCUCCGCGUUUGAACUCCUCUGCUGAGGCCCCACAGAGCCUCCACCCUUCUUCACGUGGUGCGUGGAAUGAGUUACCACCCCCCAGCGGGCAGUUCUCAGGGCAGUAUGGCACCCGCUCUAGAACCUUCCAGAGUCAGCCCCACAGCACUGGGAGCUCCAACGGAGAAAUUCCCGCCGUGAAUUCGUCCGUUGGAUCCAACUGCUGUACUUGCAACUGCCAGUCAACGUUGCAAGCCAUCCUCCAAGAACUCAGGACCAUGCGGAAAUUAAUGCAAAUUCAAGCAGUUGGAACCCCAAACAGACAACAACCCCCGAUUUCCCUUAUAUGCUCCCAGCGAACUGCUGUCUCACGCAAGAGAAAUAAAAAGAAAAAAGUGCCCUCAAAGACCGUUGAACCUCUCACUGUGAGGCAGAAGCCUGGCGUGGUAGAAACGGAGAAGAAGACAGCCGGGGCCUCGGAGCAGCCUGGCCCCCAGGCGGCCGAGCCUCCCUCAGCAGGGGAGAACCGCGUGCUGGGAUUCGGCAUUGUCCUGGAGUCGCCUGCCUCCGAUCCAGAAGUGCAACUUGCUGAAGGCUUUGAUGUGUUCAUGCCUAAAUCACAGCUGGACUCCAUACUGUCAAACUAUACUCGCUCAGGAAGCCUUCUGUUUAGAAAGCUGGUGUGUGCAUUUUUUGAUGACAAGACUUUGGCUAACUCCUUACCCAAUGGGAAGAGGAAAAGAGGACUCAAUGACAACCGAAAAGGACUAGACCAAAAUAUUGUGGGUGCAAUAAAAGUCUUCACAGAAAAGUACUGCACGGCUAAUCACGUGGAUAAACUUCCUGGCCCGAGAGACUGGGUGCAGAUUCUGCAGGAUCAAAUCAAACUGGCUAGAAGAAGGUUAAAAAGAGGCUCAGCAGAGGUAGCUGACGGUGAUGAAAGACUGGACAGCAUUUCCCUACCACCAACAGGUCAUAUAUUUGACACCAGGAGAGAAAACACGGAAGACACAGAGCCAGAUUUCACUGCCUAGACUUUCCUUUUAGUGACACUGUUCAUUAGCACACGUAACUCCUUCCGUUGAAUUCCCUCAAAGAUCCACGUAGCAUUUCAGGUUCCUGCAAAGUGUGGGCGUUCUGUGAAGUUUUCCCGUCAUAUCUGAAUAGUUUUCCUAUACUUUCUUUGUCGUAUGUGAUAAUCAAGCCUCCAGUUUGGUGUUAAGAGUUUUAGAAAUCAUUUUGAGAGUUGACUCGUUUGUUACCUUUUAAAAGUCCACCAUAUGACCAGUGAGUUCGUUGUUCA